UGGACAGUGGCUCGUCAAAAGUCUGGCUGAUCAGCCGUAGCUUGCCGGCGUUAUUGAGGGCGUCGAACCACUUCGGGUCGUAUCUAUCUUCCUUGCUAAAAGGCACCCACUGGGCGUAGAGUAUCACUGUCGAGGGCCAGUGUGGCAUUCCAUCAGGACCAUAAAUCUCGGGAUGGUCACGCUUCAUGACGCCGUCCAGCUCGGGAACCAAGUCCACGAGGGAGAAGUCAGAGCUGAGCACACUGACGCAAAGGUCAUAGUUGCGAGGCCAAUCGGGAUUAUCUGCCAUUUCGGCGACUUUGGCUAGAAGGGCCUUUACGGUGUCUUGUCUGUAUAGCCAUACUGCCCGAAGACCACGGGGACGUUGGCCGCCCACAGAUGUGAAGUCGUGGCUUGUGUCGCGAUGCACUUCGACCGUGUAGUGCGUUAUGAUCCCGAAAUUGCCUGGACUACCUCCGAGGAUCGCGUUGAACAGCUCGGGGUCAGAACUGGCGUCGAUGGUUUUGAUUUCGGCAUUGUGGUCUACAAGCCUGAUCUCACGGACGUGGUCGCCAAACAGCCCGAAGCUGCGACCAAGUUGACCAUAUCCUCCGGUUUGUGCAUGCCCACCAACGUGGACAUCCGCACACUGUCCAUGUGGGAGGAACAACCCGUUGGCGGCCAGAAAGCCGUUCAGCUCACCAAGACUGAAGCUGACACUGACGUAGAUGAAGGAUUUGUCUGUAGUCUGGUCCAAGAUUCUCAGGUCUUUCUGCAAAUCUUUGAAUGUUGGCUUCAAAUCAAGAAGAAUGUUUGGCCCAGAGGUCGAAGAGGCCCCGCUGUAUUGAUGCCCGCCGCUCUUAACCGCAACGGCGAUAUUGUUCUCCUUUGCAUGUUUGAGCGCAGCAAUGAUGUCGGCAUCAUUGGUUGGCUUCGCAAUCAAUGCAGGGUGCAUAUCAUGGUCAACCCCAUGAGAACUCGUUGCAUACUGGUAGUUGUUGUUUUUAUAGGCCUGUGCUUCAACAGUGCCCUCAGCUGACCGGAUGUAUUGUGUGCCAUUGAAACCUUGAAUGGUAGCCAUAAUGGAAGAAUUUCGAAAGAGGUUUAAUAGUUUGAUUGUAAGACGGACGCAUCACGACGAAACCAAACUAUAUAAAUAUGCAGCCUGCUCUCACAUAGCUUGAGCGUACGUUGUCUCCUGAUGCGGUCGCAAAUGGUAAGCUGACUACACACCAUCUUCUUGUGUGUGCUGAGACAGGUAAAAUCCAAGCAGUGUACAGUCGAUGUAUGUCAUGUUCGCCGCUAAUCAGCUCCAAUCAUCACGCAAGUCAGCACUAUCGCAUCGCCUUGUUCGUAUUCUUACCUUUUUACGAGACACAUACGCAACAUCUUGGUCAUUUGAUACUCAGCUAAGGCUGAGGACCGAACAGAGUUAUCAUUCCCCAGAUGAUCAUAUCAUGAGAUUUUAAUCAUACCUCCCAUAUAUGGAAACUUAUGGCAUAGGCGUUCUAUAAUUCUGCGCAAAAGUCAGCGUAGCUGGGUCGGGUUAUAUCACUUCCCGAGCUCGACCGAAGAGAAUAAAAGAGCCUCCCGAAAAGGAUCAUGAGACAGAUAUUCAGCUGGUUGACACAUCUCUGUUACUGGACGGGUUCUGGAACACAUCCGACGUGUAAACUUUAUUCAUCGCCGAGAGCGUGGCCAAAGGGCACGAGACUUGAGAGUGGCUAAGCUGAGUUUGCACUUCUCGCCCGAGUUUGUUCCAGACGGGAAUGAUUAUGCACAUUUCUAAAAUAAGAGCUGAGCAUUUUCUCUGUUUGACACACCAGGUAGACAUCAUCUUUGAUGCUUCGCUUU